AUGUGGACAUUUAAUCUUGUCAUAUCACAGGAAAUAAGCUUCAAUGCACCUGUCGCUGGUUGUUUCUUUGCUAUUGAAACUGUGCUGAGGCCUCUUCGUGCAGAGAACUCUCCCCCAUUUACAACUGCCAUGAUUAUAUUGGCUUCUGUUAUUUCAUCAACUGUAUCAAAUGUUUUACAGGGGAUCCAAUCAGCUUUUACAAUACCCGAGUAUGAUUUGAAAUCUGCUGCUGCCAUGACUCGUUUGGUUGCUUGGUUCACCAAAUUCUUUAAGAUUAUUCAGGAUAAGUUUGGCAUACCUGCUGUGGUCUGCCCUGCUUUAGGUGGCCUUGGAGCUGGGAUUAUUGCUCUUAAAUAUCCUGGAAUAUUGUAUUGGGGCUUCACAAAUGUGGAAGAAAUUCUACGUACUGGAAAGAGUGCUUCAGCCCCCGGAAUAUGGCUUCUAACUCAAUUGGUAGCUUCUAAGGUUAUUGCAACAGCUCUUUGCAAGGGAUCUGGGCUAGUAGGUGGUCUUUAUGCUCCAAGUUUAAUGAUAGGUGCUGCAGCUGGUGCUGUAUUUGGAGGCUUUUCUGCUGAAAUUAUUAAUUCAGCAAUUCCUGGAAAUGCUGCUGUUGCUCAGCCCCCGGCAUAUGCUCUGGUUGGAAUGGCUGCUACAUUAGCAUCUGUUUGUUCUGUUCCUUUAACUUCAGUACUACUUCUGUUUGAGCUGACAAAAGAUUAUAGGAUACUGCUUCCACUCAUGGGAGCUGUUGGAUUGGCAAUAUGGGUUCCCUCAGUGACAAACCAGUCGAAGGAGAGUGAUACACCUGAUGCAAGUAGCUCAGCAAAAGGAUAUUCUCCAGUUUCACAUGCUGGAGAUGAUAAUGAGGGUAACUGGAGAGAAGCCAAUGAUGGGAAUAAUUUAGAACUCCUUAUUGUUGGGGAUGGCGCUGAUCUUGAUACAAUUGAUAAGGAACUGCUUCUGGACAAUCUUCAGGUUUCUCAGGCAAUGUCAAAACAAUAUUUUAAGGUUUUGUCAUCUGUAACCCUGAAAGAGGCAAUAAAAUGCAUGCAUGACAGCCAUCAGAAUUGUGUGCUGGUGGUUGAUAAAGAAGAUUUUCUAGAAGGAAUAUUGACGUAUGGUGACAUAAGAAGGUGUCUGUCCCUGGAGUCUAAUGACCCUUUGAAGAGUGAUUCAGGGAUUCUGGAUGCAAACACAUUUCUUGUUUCCUCUGUUUGUACUCGAGGGAUGAGUUAUCGAGGACGAGAGCGAGGAAUUUUGACCUGCUAUCCGAAUACUAGUUUGGCUGUGGCCAAAGAGCUGAUGGAGGCCAAGGGCAUUAAGCAAUUACCAGUGGUUAAACGCGGUGGAGAUCACAAUAGAGAAAAAAAGAGGAGAAUUGUUGGUCUUCUUCAUUAUGAUGCACUAUGGCAAUGUCUCAGGAAAGAGAUCAAUCAAAGGCAAACAGCGUAUCAAAAUAGGACAGAUAACAGUUUGGCAGUGACAACAACAAAUGGCCAUUAA